AUGGUAGCAGCAAGUGUGAUCAACACUCGGGAGAUGAAGUAUACUGGGGUGGGUAUCGCAGCCCUGAAAUCUGGCAAUCUUCAUCCUUUUACAGAUGUCAAUACCCCCAAUGGUAAUAUCAGCGACAACGCACUUUUCUCCAAUCGCGUUUGGAGCCAAAGACAGAGAGAUGCUCACCCUCCACGUUUUACGGAUGCACUGCGCCAUAAUAUUGGCAAUUAUCCUCUCACCUCUGAGCUUGCCUCGUGGGUCGCUGAAGCUCUGGUCAAGUACCAGCCCACUGACGAGGUCCUGGAGCUGGUUAGACCAUUUGCGUCCAAGUUUCAUGCACAUCUUGAAAAGGAGAGGGCCAAUAGCACAGGUUUUCAUGAUCUGAACCUUGUCGAAUUAGCGUAUCAAGUCAGUCUUGAAGUUGGUGGUGCUCUGUUGCUUGCUGCCUCAGCAAACGGAGACCCUGUCGACUUGCAAGUCGAGUUUCAUUCAUCGCGAGCCGCUCGGGAUGACCACUUUGCCCCGUGGGGGAAACUACUUACAGGACUAGAAUGUGAUCCCCCAAUAAUCGCUCAAUUCCCAUUUUAUCUCAUGAUGUGCCAGUCGUUCGGCUUAGAGAGUGAUUCAUCCCAAGAGGAUUAUGUCUACUCAGCCCUGACCGGGGUCGACUGGGCCAGGGGUAAAAACGUUUUCAGCGAGCGAUUUGCCACUUUUGAGAAACGAGCAAUUGCAGCUGUUCCCAAACUUGAUGACAGACUGUCGGGAAAAGACCGAUCCUUUUGGCGUAUUUCUCUUGCCUACCUUGGUGCCAUGAAUGAUUGCGAGAACGCCCGAAAAUUCACAACGCCCAGGAAAUCGGCUAUCAAUCACGAUCUUGACGAUAACCUUGUCAUGGCUAUACGCGGUUUUGAUACGAUCGGAUCGGCUUAUAUGUGCAGUGACGGCGCUGCCUUUUUAGACAAUGCCGGAAUGGAUUCCCUUAUCGGAUCGGCGCUGCCAAACGAUGUCAUGGAUCUUCACACAGAUAUCAAGACUGGAGAGACGCGUAACUUGCUACGAUUGUUAUAUCCUGAUGGCCUCAGUAUUGAUGAGUCUCUGCAGACCAUGUCGACCAUUUUCUCCGGCAUGCUUUGCGAGCUCUUUCGCGGGCACAAGCGAAUCCGUUUUGAGAACAGGGAGGAUGGACGAAUUGCCGCGACGUCGCCUCCAUAUAGCUUCUGCCGAGCCCGCCAUCGCCGUAUAUUUGAGACCUUGGAGACAUAUACCAGCCGUUACCCGUUAUUCUGGGUUUGGACAAUGGAGAUUUACCGCCGUGCCAGGGCACAAGUCACCGAAGCUGGUUUGAAUGAGCUCCUUAUUGAUGCCCUUAAGAGAGCUCGCACUCGGGAGGCACUUCCAGACUCCCCUUCGAACAAAUUUUAUGACAUCUAUUUUGACAUGAUUGACAAUGGGACGGCCCAGAUGCAGGAGAAGAAGCCGCUCGGGGUAGAUGAGAAAGUAGCACAAGUUAUCCGCGACCUGCACAGUCUGUGGCAUGACCAGCUCCUUGCCGAGAACAAGGAGCCAGGCUGGGGUAGGAAAUUCGACAACAAGUCUGAUGCUCUGCUAGGUGAGGCCGGCAAUAUCCUCGGAGAGAAGGGUGACAUUUCGAAGGAAGUGUACAGAUUCGCCAUUGCCUAUGGAAGGCUGAGCAUGGGCUUGCCAUAUAUUGCUUACCACACUGUUGAUGCUAUUAUCAUGACUUUUGGAAUUGAUAUGUAG